AUCUUAUCUUUAUCCAAUUCCAGUGCCACUAUAAAUAAUUUUCAACGCCUUCUCAGUUCCACGCUCGCCCUCUCUGUAAAUCGCACAUAUACAAAUUUAUAUACACUGAAAUGGACGAUCUGGUGAAGGGUUUAAUCAAUGUGGCGUUCGGUCAAGGAGAAGAAGAUGACAGGAAUCGCGAUGAACGGUCAAGAUCCACAUGGGCUCAGGUUGUGUCUGGAGAACAUGAUGAUCAUGAUGAGUCCAUCUCCAGCAGUGAUCGUCACAAUAGACAUGGGUACAAUAGACAGGAGGAGGAGGAGGAGAGAAAUGAGGAAUGGAGAUCUGGUGAAUCGCGGCCUACAAUGAGACCCCCAAAGGCUGUGCAUCAGGAUUAUGAUAGAGAUGAUGACAGAAGGCAAGAUAAUUAUAACCAAGUCAAUUGGAACCAAAAGGAGGGAAAGGAGGCUGAUGAUGGUUGGGAGACAGUAGGCAAAAAGCCUGUGAAACAGCAUUAUAAGGCACACAAGGAUCAGUGGAAGAAUUAUAAACGUCCCCUUGAUGAGCAAGACUAUUCUAGUGAGGUUAAGUAUGAUUUUGGCAUUGAACCUUCUGGAGAAGAGCUUAAUGAUCUCUCAAAAGCUCUUAACAAACUCUGGGAACUUGACUUAAACCGCUUGGUACCUGGCAAGGACUAUCAGAUUGAUUGUGGUGAAGGGAAGAAGGUUUACCAGAAGGAAGAUAUGGCAGAAGGGAGCCUGUUUUCCUGGUUGAGUGAAGAAAUAUUUAUGAGGCCCACCUUUGCACGUUUCUGCUCUCUUCUGGACAACUAUAAUCCACAUGAAGGGUAUAAAGAAAAUGUAACACCUGAAGAGAGACAAGAGCAAGCAGCAUUUAUCGAAGAGAUCAGUAGAACUGCACCAAUCAAAUAUCUCCACAGAUAUCUUUCUUCCAAGGGCAUUGUAUCUGAGAAUUAUCAAGAUUUUAAGAGGAUGAUGACAAGCCUCUGGUUUGAUCUUUAUGGUCGAGGUGGUACAUCCGGUUCUUCUUCUGCUUUCGAACAUGUUUUUGUUGGAGAAAUCAAGCAACAUGGAGAACAAGAAGUUUCAGGAUUUCAUAACUGGCUUCAGUUCUAUUUGGAAGAGGCAAAGGGGAGGGUGAAUUAUCAAGGAUACAUUCUUCCGCGGAGGCAUGGGUCAAUUCCUGACACGGAGACACAGUUACUUACAAUUCAGUUUGAAUGGGAUGGUGUUCUGAAGUCAGUCUCAAGCACUUUGAUUGGAGUGAGCCCUGAGUUUGAAGUUGCAAUCUAUACCCUAUGUUUCUAUUUGGGGAGGGAAGAAAACCAUGUUGAACUUGGCCCGUACCCUGUAAAUAUCAAGUGCUAUCGUCUUGGAAACAAGAUUGGAUCUGCUUUUCCAGUUGCAGAUUGUUAAAUUUGUGCCUCAAUGGUGGCUGCUGUUUUAGGAUGAGAUGCAGAUUGCUCAGGGAUGAGUGCAGACUAAGGUUGAGGUGAAGGAUGCUCGAGAUCACCAAUAUGUAAAUUGAUAGAGGUCGAGGUGAAGGUUGCUAGAUUUCGAGGUGAAAACCAGAGGCCUCAAGAUUUGAGCGAAGUGUACUCAAGGAUCUUUGUACCUUAUGUAAAUGGUGUUUGAUGACCUAUGACAUUGAUGGGUGACACGUGGCAUGCAUCAAUGAAGACAAUGUCGAGAAUGGCCUAGAGGGUUUGUAAAGGCCCCCGAGCCCCCUAGUUUAAGUUUUACCCCCGAGCUCCUUUUUGUAACAAAAAAAUGGCUAUGUAAAAGUUUCAAGUUUAUGAAUGAGAAUUUUGUCAGACCAUAUUGUCUUUUA